CACAAAAUUGUUCGAACGCGCUACGCCAUUUGAACUACGUAACACAAAUUGAAUUACAGCUCCGUGUGCUUUGUGCUCGAAUCUUUGUGUGUUUUUAGCUUAAUUUUUUGGAUGUUUCAUUGCCACCCGGGUUGCCUAGGAAACGAGUGCUCAUAUACAAAAAAUAGAUGAAAAUUACUGAUCUGAAAAGUUGGAUAUCAAAAGGAUUUCUCUGCCGUAUUUUGCGAACAGCGCAAUGUUUUUAUUCCAAACCAGUCUGUAGUUUUUUUUAUUCUCUUCGACAGCACAAACAACAUGGUGUGCGUGUUAGCCGAGCUUGUGUGAUGGAGUAGUGUGCGUGCGUGUGUACGGAUGGUGUUUCGUUCGUGGUGUUCACUUUCAGGCGCUUUCGUCUUGUUGGUUCGAGCUGUCAAGUGGCAAAAUUCAAAGGUGGUGCAGGCGAUUGAAGAAAGUCUCUGUUUGACCGGACUUAGUGCAGUGCGUGCAGGGUGAAAAAAGAGAAAGCCGUCCUCGUCCGAUGCAAGAAGCUGUCGUGGUUCUCGUGAAAUAGUACGGAAAAGCAAUCCUCAUUGCCAUCUGCAGUCCGGGGUGCAAAUUUCUGUCCAGUGUACGAAUCGAGGUGCAGUCCUUUUGUUUGUGUUUUUUGUGUGUUAUUUCUGUGUCGUCCGUGAAUCCGUGCGUGCGUGCGUACGAGCGAGAAAAGAGCAAUGAAAAAUGCAGCGCUUUUCCGUGGUCCAAAGUGAGUUCAUUGUUCGUGUGAAUAAAUAAUUCGUAUUAAAAUCAUUUUUAAGCUGUUCGCAUCGCGCCACGGUUUGUGCUAGAAGUGAAAAAAGGAAGAGCCAACCAACAACGACAAAAAAAAGAAAGAAUAAUAUAAUUGUUGAACCUCAACGAAGCGGAGGUGAAAUUUAGGCCGCUAUCAUCAUCUUCUCCACCAUCAGGCGGAAGUGGUCAAGUCACUGCUGCUUGGUUGAUAGGCGGGAGUGCACUGUGCGGGCAGCUGGUGGAACGCAGUGAAGGUUUUGUUUUACAGCACGGGCACAAAUAAAACGCAGUCAGCUUUAAAGGAGAAGCAGCGCACCGAACAGCAGAAAAAGCAGAGCAACGAUGGCCCUGGUGCGGAAGAAACUCGAUGACAAAAUACUGAAAACGUUGCGAGAGCUGGUAGGCGUUGGCGGUAACAAAGAAUGCUUCGAUUGUGGCCAGAAAGGGCCUACUUACAUCAACAUGACUAUCGGUUCAUUCGUCUGCACCAGCUGCUCCGGCAUACUGAGGGGAAUUACACCGCCACAUCGCGUAAAAUCGAUUUCAAUGGCUACGUUCACCCAGGAGGAAAUCGAAUUUUUGAAGCAGAACGGUAACGAUAACUGCAGUCGAACUUGGCUGGGCCUUUGGGAUCCGAAGCGUGCAAUCAAGCAGGAGCAUCGAGACUUUAUGAUAGACAAAUACGAAAGGAAAAGAUAUUACCUGGAGCCUGCUAGUCCACUGAAAUCGCUUCCCACGAACGCAUCCAGCUCUUUGACAUCACUGUCGGGAGGCAGCAGUAAGAAUGCCAAUGAAAGUUUAGUUCCUCUCAAAACGCCAACGCUAACGCCUCCGGCAACACUACGAUUGAAUCGUACCAACUCCGGCUCGUGUAAUGGACUGAACAACGUGAACUCAUCGUCGUCAUCAUUGCCUGGUGCAAUUGGUGUUGUUGGUGCUCAAUUUCAGCAGCAAUUUACGCCCGACGACUCCGGCUUUUUCGGUUCCGAUCCGCCCAAAAUUUUGCCACCAACACCGCAAAAGAACCACAUGCUGCAGCGAAAGAAUGGCAUCAAGAUCAAACAACCGGCCAAUGGGUUGCCGCCGACGUAUGGACGGAACCAGAAGAAUGGUUUGCUCAACAGCAGCACAGCGGGUGGGCUGUCGAGCAGUAGUGGUGACAUUAAUGCCAAUAAGUUUACACCAGAUGCGGACUUUGUUGCUGACUUUGGUAGCGCAACUAUUGUAAACAACGUCAGCAACGGGGGUAGUCACUAUGGGAGUACUAGUAGUUUGAAGAAUGGCCACAAUAACAGCGAUAAUGGAGUGGGAUUGUACGCACAACACAACGGUGGCAGCGAAAAGUCAUCGGGCAGGGGGAUGGAAAACUUUGCCGACUUUGACCACAAUCCCAUCUUUAAUUCUGCAGAAAACAUGAAGUCCUACUUCAGCAGCAAUAGUAUUGACAGCAGCACUACGACCAGUGUCAGUAGCACGGCCAGCGUGCAGAGCUUGACCGGUCCGGAUCCGUUCGCGAACUUUUACUCAAAUACUAUUGGUGGUAAUAAUAAUUGCGGUAGCAAUUCCACGGGGUCUACUGCCGGCACACCGACCGCCUCGUCCGGUUCAGCAUCCACUGGACCGUCCGUUCGCGGUGUUGGCUACACAUGUAUUUCACCAGAAGAUAACACGCAUGCAAAAGUCCACACGAACUAUGGAUUUGGUAACACUUUCACCACCGGUGAGACGUGUUAUGCGACCAACGAGUGUAUCAUCAACGGUGGCUCCGGUGCUGGAUCCGGUUACGCUAAUCAAAAUUACACCCUGCCUUGGGGAAAUAGUAACGGUGCGCAAACCGAUUUCAACUCAACGAGGUAUACUGGAAGCACAAAUCAAUUGAAUAACAAUGUCAGCACCGAAAGUUCGCAGAAUGAUGCUGUGCAGUGGAAUUUUUGGCAACAGUUUGGCAACAACUGUUGUUGGUCGGCGGAUGAUCGUGUUCAGCAGCAACGGUUCCGCAAUAGUGGCGCUCAACAGAUGAUGAGCCCUCAGCAUCAUUCGGCAGUUAACCAAAUGAAAUGUUACUCAGAUCAAAACCGGUGGAGUCUUCCAAUGCCGUUUGGAACGAACGGUUCCGAGAGCAAAUUGAGCAACGGCAAAAGCAGUAGCACGUCCAUCCAUUCGACCCCGUCCGUUGACCGAUACGCUGCACUGAAGGAUCUGGAUGACCAGUUCCGGGAGAUAAAAUUAGAGCAGCAAGCAGAAGCAAAUAACAACACAAUAACGUCCAACGGACUAGGAAAUACGGCCAGCAUAAACGAUUCUGUUACACCAACUUCCUCGGCAAACCCGUUCAAAACGGCUAAUCCGUUCCAGUCGCAACAACAACAUGCACAGCAACAAACGAUGGCUUGGCCAAUCAGUGGCAUUAACGGUACGUCACCGGAUGCACGACAUCAGACAGCAUCAACGAAUGGGACUGGUUUCUAUGCUACGUCACCGUACCAAGGUGGGUUUGCACAUGGUGCAAGCUCACAGCUAUACAACGGUAAUGUUGUUAAUGGAACUGCGAUCACAGGAAUGAGUUAUCUUCCUUCGGCGGGCUACCAUCCAAAUGGUAAUGGAUAUUCCGGAAUGUCGGGAGUUAAUGGUGUUAUGAUGGGCGGACAGUUUAAUGCGACAUCGAACGGUGGUGGUGUUUCGAUGUUGGGCAACGUUCCCGGUGUCACCAAUCCGGUACAUCAUUUUACAAACUUCGGGAAUCCGUUCAUGGCUGCUGGUACUACAGCGGGAAACUCUAAUAAUCCUUUCUUAUGAGUAGCUUCAUAAGAAGUCGUGUGUAUAGAUAGCGAAUUAUACAUUUUACAAGAAAAUGUUUGGAUGUGUGUUUAUUACGCUUUGUUGUUUUAACAUAGAAAGUGUUUUAAUGCUUCGAAUUGUGUUUCACACAGAUAAUAGCGAAAUCAAUUAAGAAGUGAAGCGAUAUACUACUGUGAAAGAGAUUGUGAGGAAUUCAUGAUGCAUUAGCGGAUUGUACAUAGGUUUUAAUUUAAACUAACUAAAUAGAGUAACUAACUGAUACAUUCAACGUAUAGAUUUUAUCGAAAAGUCUAGCUUUUAAAUAUGAUUUGCGAACAAUGCAAACCUUUUAUUUAACCCAUGACAUAUUAGUGGGCACAGUUAGUGA